AUGACGAGGGCCAAGGAUCCCGCGGGGGACGCGACCACCGAUGCGACCGAGACAACUCGUCUGCUUGCGACCAGCAGCAUAGAAAGUAGAGAUGGAGAGAGUGUAGUCUCUAGUAGCGGCAGCGGCUGGGAUGGCUACAAGGACUUUGAAGGCCUGCCCUGGUGGCGUAGACCGUCGGUCUUUUGGCUACUCGGCCCAUAUGUCAUCUUUACCCUCGCCUUUGGAGGUGUUGUAAUUCCAAAGCUCAACUUAAUCCUCGACCUUGUUUGUAGGCAAUAUUUCGCCGACAAGCAGACCCAUGAUCCAGACUUUACCUUGAAUCCCGCCUUGCUUGCAGACCCUCAGCGCAAGUUUGGGAGCGACAACCCCGAGUGCAAGAUUCCUGAGGUUCAGAAGAAUGUCGCCACGUUCAUGUUAAUCAUGAGUCUCUUGACAGGCUCUCUCAGCGCUAUCGUCGUUCCGCGCAUCGGUCACUUGUCAGAUCGCUAUGGUAGGGGUCGUCUCAUGGCUUUUGCCUCGGUGGGAGGAGUCCUUGCCGAGCUAAUCACCGUCCUCGCGGCCCAAUAUCCUGAGGUUGUCAGCUAUCGGUGGAUGAUCCUCGGCAGCGUCUUUGACGGUUUGACAGGUUCGUUCACCGCAGGAAGCAUCAUGUGCUACUCUUACACGAGUGAUUGCACACCACCUUCCAACCGGGCCGUCGCUCUGGGGCUUAUCCAAGGCUGUCUCUUUGCUGGACUUGCCUUUGGCCCUCUGCUGGCGGGCUUCUUUAUCAAGUGGACGGGCACUUCUGUCUACCUCUUCUACGUUGUGCUCGGAUGUCAUACGGCGUUUGCCCUCUUUAUAUGGCUCGUCGUGCCCGAGUCUCUCUCCAAGAGGAAGCAGCUGGCAGCUCGUGAGAAGUGGCAAAAGGAGCAGGAACUGCGAGUGCAAACCUCGGGAUCCUGGCUUCACACCAUCCGAACUGCCAACCCAUUUGCGCCCCUAAGGGUCCUUUGGCCUAGGGGUCCGGGGACAUCCCCUGCUCUUCGGCGCAACUUGGUGGCUCUCGCGGCUGACGAUGCCAUCAUGAUCGGAGCUCCCAUUUCUGCUGGGGCCGUCAUCAUCUUGUAUUCUGAGCUGAGCUUUGACUGGGGCAACCUGGAAAGCUCCCUGUUCAUAUCGGCCCUGUCCAUGGUCAGGGUCUUUAUCCUCAUGGGUCUACUCCCCCUCAUCAACUACUUCGGGCGUAUUCGUCCAGCGGCUCGACUUCGUCGCGAGUCUGGAGUAGCUGCGGUGGAGAGGAACUCGGGUGCUGACAACCUGGAUGUGUGGCUGCUCCGUAUCGCUCUCAUGUCAGAUGUUCUGGGAACAGUGGGAUAUGUUCUCUCCCGCUCGGAAGAAUUCUUUGUGACCAGCGGCAUGGUCACAGCCUUAGGUGGGCUGGGAAGUGCUACAAGUCAGGCUAUCAUCAGCAAGCAUGUUCCCUCAGAGAGGGUAGGCCAGCUGCUCGGAGCCAUUGGCAUGCUGCACGCUCUGGCGAGAGUGUUUGGCCCGGUUUUAUUCAACGGUCUUUAUGCUGCGACAGUGGGUUUCUUCCCUAAGGCCAUCUUUGUCUUGCUGGCAAGUAUCUUUGGAAUUGGCCUAUUGGCGAGCUUUCUCGUCAGGCCCCAUGUUGUAUGGCACGACGAGCCAGAGGAGGAGAGGGAACCACUCAACCCUGGAACUUUCGAUACGGCUGCUGAGCAGGUUCCUAUCGAUGAAGAUCAGGUUAGGUUCCAGUAA